AUGGUUGUCGUACCGAAGCCAAAUGAUGCCUUACGCAUUCGCUUGGACCCUAAGGAUCUCAAUCGGGCUCUGCAACGAGAGAAUUAUCCCUUGCCUACCAUCGAAGAGGUUGCUUCUAGGCUACAUAGAGCCAAAGUGUUUACUGUCCUUGAUGUUGCCUGUGGAUUCUGGCAUGUUGCUCUUGACGAGCAGUCAUCGUUCCUAACUACCUUUAAUACGCCGUUUGGUCGGUAUCGUUGGAAAAGGAUGCGCUUUGGAAUUAAAUCUGCGUCUGAAAUUUUUCAACGCAAGAUGCACGAAUUGAUUGAAGGACUGAAUGAAGUUGAAGUCAUAGUAGAUGACUUUGUUGUUGUUGGUUAUGGUGAUUCAUUGGAAGCAGCAUCUAAAGAUCACGACAAGAGUCUUUUAGCGUUCCUUCAGAGAUGUGAAGAGCGUGGAAUUCAUUUAAACAGCGACAAGUUGAAGCUCAGGAUGAGAGAAGUUCCGUUUAUCGGGCAUGUGGCAGUGAAGGUCUUCGAGCAGAUCCAGCGAAAGUUCGAGCCAUACGUGAAAUGCCCCGACCGGACAAUGUUGCAGGUGUACAGCAAGGUUACGAUCCAAUGUGAUGCGUCUCAACAUGGUCGUGGUGCUGUGUUACUUCAAAGCGAACAGCCUGUGGCGUAUGCUUCACGAGCCUUGACCCCUACUGAAGAAAACUACGCACAGAUUGAGAGAGAACUUUUGGCGAUCGUCUUUGCCUGUGAGAAAUUUGAUGCUUACAUUUAUGGCCGUGAUUCUGUUCGUGUACAAACAGACCACAAGCCUCUGGAGUCUAUCUUCCAAGAAGAACUGUGUGUAGCGCCAAAGCGUCUUCAGAGAAUGCUUUUGAGGUUGCAGAAGUACGUUUUGGAUGUAACUUACCUAAAAGGAGAGACGAUGCUGAUUGCUGUUACGUUGAGCCGAGCCCAUUUGCCUGACGUUAAUGCCUCUGUUUUUGUGCGAGAGUUGGAAGAAGUCGACCAUAGAGCAAACUUGUCUCCUGUGACAGAGCUUGGGCGACCUGUGGAUGUACUGGUCGUCAAGGGUCCUCGUCUGGUUGUACCUACUUGUAUGCGCAAGGAAUUGAUGUCUGUUGCACACUCUACACACAUAGGAACAGAAGGGUGUUUGAGAAGAGUUAGGGAGUGCCUAUUCUGGCCGCGAAUUGCUUCAGAUGUCAAAGAUUAUGUUUCAAAAUGUGACGUGUGUCUGGCUUAUCGUACGUCUCAGACUAAGGAACCACUCCUUCAACAUGAAGUAAUUUACCGACCCAGGGCUAAAGUGGCUGCUGAUCUGUGUGAGUCUAAUGGACGUACCCUUUUAGUUGUGUCUGAUUAUUUCAGCAAUUUCAUCGAGGUUUCCCGUUUGUAUGCUAUCACAACACUAGCCGUAGUUCGUGAGUUGAAGGCCAUUUUUGCACGUUUUGGCAUACCGGAGAUUAUUCUUACUGACAAUGGUCCACAGUUUUCGUCCAAAGAGUUCAAAGCAUUCGCGGAGAGCUGGUAUUUCAAUCACAUCACCACCUCGCCGAGAUAUCCUCGAUCGAAUGGCAAAGCCGAAAAUGCUGUGAAGACUGUGAAACGUCUUUUCAAGAAAUGCAAACAAUCGGGUGUCCCUGAAUUCCAAGCUUUGUUGGAUUGGCGUAACACCCCAACAGAGGGAAUGGCUACCAUCCCUGCGCAGCGGUUAAUGGUUCGUCUCUGUCGUACGUUGUUGCCCACGUCCGAGUCUCUUCUGAGGCCCUGUUAA